GGGAGAAGAUGGCCGCUGGGGCGGUUCUUCCACUGACGGGAGGCGGUGGUGUGGAGGUUCUGUCACGGCUUUCCGGGACUGAUAGUCCCUGCCCGAGCAGAGCGAACCCAAAUUCCGGAGAAGCUGUGGCGGCGCUGGAGCCGGAGCUAGGUGGGCGGCGGGUGGUGGGUGGCGGGGAGAGCAGCAGCAGCAGCAACAGCAGCCCUCCCGCUGCCGCCGGCGCCAUGAGGAACGAGCCGCUGGCCUGGCCCGCGGUUUCGGCCCAGGCGGCCUCGCUGCUAGAGGAGGCGGUGGAUCUGCUGGUGCUGCACCGAGACUUCGCUGCCGCCGUGGAGAAGUGCGAGGCGGGAUGCGACAGCCUGGACCCCGGGGCCGGCUCCAGCCCCGAGAGUUCUGCAGAAGUGAAAUGCUCCCUUUGUGUUGUGGGGAUUCAGGCGCUGGCUGAGAUGAACCGCUGGAGAGAAGUUCUGUCUUGGGUCCUACAGUAUUACCAUGUCCCUCAACAUCUGCCUCCAAAAGUUCUGGAGCUGUGUAUCCUGUUAUACAGCAAAGUGAGAGAGCCCCAGGUGAUGCUGGAGGUUGGCAGUAGCUGGCUUGGAGAUGAAACGAAUAAGAGCCUCCCCGAAUAUGGCUCAUUGCUGGAGCUCUACCUCUUGCAUGUGUUGCUUCCGCUGGGCCGGUUUGAGGGGACAGAAGAGCUUGUAUGUGGCUGUGACGCUUUUGACAGUGAACAGCAGCAAGCAUUGCUUGGGACUGUUUAUGAAAGCAGAUGUCAGUGGACUCAAGAGGAAAAGAUGCACUCAGAUGCUGAAGAACACCAAGAUGCAGCAACAGAAUCUGUUUUGGGUGCUCUGUCCCAAAAGCUCUUGACUGUGUUGACAUUGCUACGUCGAGCACUCAGGUCCAUGUCAAGCCACUUCUAUUUACUUCCUUACAAAAAGAUGCUCUUGGCUACUUUUCUGCUUUACCUGGUGGUGGUGAGAUUAGAUCCAGCUUCUCCCACAUCAUUGCCGCUCAUUUACAAACUGGUCCAGCUCUUCCGACAGGCUUGGGCAGCCAUAUAUUCACCAAUCCACAGGCCUCCAAUUCAAGACUAGGUGUAUUCCAUCAAAGAAUGUGUUCUUCUCUGCUGUUGUAAAAGUGUUAGCUUAUCUUGAGGAUGUUAAUAGGCUCUUCAAGGACAGCUAAAAUUAGUGUCCUGAGAUGAACACCUGUGAACUGUGUGGUGACAACUUUUUUUCUUCAGAUAGGUAGUGGUGGUGUAUGAAUUUUUAAACCAUGCCAAGUAUUCCUGAUGAUUUUAGUCCUAUUGAAGCCAGAAAGCCAAGGUAGUGGGUCACAAAGUGCUGCACCUGCACUUCUUAACUGUGAAUUACAGUACUUCAUGUUUGCCUAAUGUAUAAUAGUUCUUGAGAGGACAUGCUGGUGGCAAGGAAAUAGAUUUUUUUAUAAAACUGUAUUCUAUGUUACUGGCUAGUUGAACAACUGAAGUUGAUGUUGUUUGCUUUUUUUGGUUUGGUUUUUUUUUGGGGGGGGGGUUGGUUUUUUUUUGUUUUUUUACCUCUUACUUUGUUUAUAUAGAUGUUAAAAAGACCGUGUAUGUCUAGAAUCCACCUAUCUCUCCAUCCUGAAUAUCUGAAGUCAUAGUUUGUAUGGGUGCCAUUUAGCUGUGCUUUAUCAUUCAGAACAAAAGAUAAUUCCAGCUGCAAUAAUUCUGUGGAAUGUGAGAUACUUCUCUAAGAUCCCCAAACCUUGUCCAGAACUGUGGCAAGUAUGUUGGUGUCUUUGCAGAAAAUCUCCCCAGACUUACCCCAUUUCUGACCACAUGGGGCAGAAAUUGGAGGUUUGGCCUAGAACAUUAAUUUCUUUCCCAGCCAUCUACCGACCAUGAAUUGACAAAGGGUAAAUUCCAAAGGAGAGAGCACUGUGCUACUUAAAUAGUCCUUCCACUGGAGCAAACUAAAAUGUACUGGAGAGACAAGUUAAAAAGUAAAGACAAGGCAAACAAGUAACCUGCCAUCCCAGCACCUGUGCCAAAGGGAUGCAGGCUGACUGGCAUCAGUCCAAACUACAGAAUGUUGAGGAAAGCAGUUUUGUUCAGUAAAUCCUAUCUUAACACACUAAACCUCUGAAAUGAACAACCUUCAGGUUGUUACUUUCUCUCUAGCAGAGUCACCAUAUGCGGAGGUGGUGGCUGUUUGUUUUCUUCACAAGGAUAGCAGCCUGUUGGUGCCCUUAAACCAUGUGCAGCCUGUACCUUUGUUGUAUACUGGCCACUUUGAAAACACUUCCAUGUCUGCACUCUUCUUGGAUUAUUCCAGUAGAGAAAUACUCCAAUAUUAAUGUCAGAUAAACUGAGGCAGGUCAUUAAUGAAUACCGUAAUGACCUUGCUUAGUUGUCUCAGAGUAAAACCCAAAAUAAUCCCAUAUCUCUCCCCAAAGUUUUUUUCUCUGCUAGGAUUUAACACGAGGAUAGGUAGCACAAAAUGCUUCACCUUAUUUAAGUGCUAUUUCUUCUAUACUCUGUGAACACAGGGAAGAGCAGCUCUUGAUAUUUUUCGGUAGUUGUUGUAAUUCAACUAUUAGUAGAGUUACAGCUUUACAACCAGCAGUGGAUGGGAAACAAGGCAGAAUCAAACAUGGAGUUGUGCUCUUUCAGGAAAAGACUAGAUUCUGUCUUCUGACCCUAUACUUGGCAAAUCCUCAGCUUAAGUACUUUGUAAGCCAGUUAAUGAAAUAGCAAACUUCACUUUUAAAGUCAGGUCAAAUUCCUAACAAAUUGACUGAUUAUGUGAUAAUAAUUUUUCACUCUGAUUUUAUAUUUACACUUCUAGCUAAAUGGCAGAGCUGCAUUUUAGGAGUUGGGACCAGUGGUCUGGACAGGCCAUACAUUAUGUUAAGAAUGUUGUAAAAUGUCAUAGCCACCUAUUUACCAGGACUUCAACAUUUAACUUGAUUUUAAGUGUAGGUUGGUAACCUUCACUUUUUUUUUUUGUGCUACUGAUUUUGUAUGUGUUGUAUUUAAUUCAUCAUGAAAGGGCAAGAAGUUAGAAACAAGUGGUCAGGAGUUUUUUUGCAAUUAAUACUAAUAUGGCAAUAUUUAAUUUUCACAAUAAAAUUACUACUGAUUUAUGUCUUUGUAGAGUUGCUUAUUCAUGUGGUGAUUAAGUAUAUAAAAACUUUUGCAUCUAAAGUAUUGAUGCUUCACAGUUCUCAAGGGAUUUCCAGAAAUGUUUCAUUACAUGUUCUCCUUGUACAGGUAUAUUUCGGAGUUGUUCGGUGUGAAUUUGAUGAUGUUUGUAGGCUAUAAGACUGCAUUUUUAUAGGAAUUCAGGGAGUCAUACUUACUUUCCGUGAAAGAUCCAGCAUUUUACUUAUUUAAAAAUGUAUCUCUAUGUACCUUGAGAUGGCCAAGACCAAUGCUACCAAGAAUAAAGUACCCAGUAUUUAUCUUUAGCUGUGUUUUAUUCUGCACUCUCAUUCUAUCAUGGAGUGAAAAGGCAUAGCCAUGGGGAUUGUACUGAGACAGAUAGGAUGUGUGUGUGCGUGCAACACAUGUGCAUGAACUUUCUGCUAGUAACUCCAGAUACAAGAGCAAAUUAUAGUCUGCUUUUUUGGUUUGUAAUCUUCUUGCUAUAAACAAACAAACAAAAAAAUCCUUGUACUGGCCCAGGAAGCUGAAAUGCUAUAGAACAGAUGUUUCUAAUCAGAUGAACAGAGGUCAGAAAGAUGAGGAUUGGCUGGCAGAAAGAUGAGGUUUGGUGUCUUAGAACCAGGAGACAAGAAGAUAAUUCCAUGUACCUUGUCCACAGAUGACCAAAUAGUCAAGUGGAAUUACUUGCAGUUCAACCUGUUCGCUAUCUGAUUUCAAUCAAUGGAACUUUGGCAAAUCAACUCCAUGUCUUCCAUCUGUCUACAGCCACCUUUGUCAGAAAGAUGCCAUUUAAGAACUGUGCCACCUUUUGAAAGCUUAAACAAAGAAAUUCUGAAAUGUUUAAUAACUGUUUAAGUCAGGUAUCAGUAUCAUAUUCACCAGUUAUUAGGACUUCUAAGGAAGAGAAGCAGUUAUUUGGGAAGAUAGUCUGUAUGUGUUAACAUUCUGGUUACUAACACCAGUUGUAAUUAUUUUGUUUUAAAAACAACAAUCCCCCUACACAAGGUCUCACUUGGAGAAUUAACUGUGAAAACUUGCAUAAGAACACACUGGGGCUGAGUCCUGUGAUAGCAAGAUGCUGAUGUCACAGGUGAGUGGAUGGAAUGGGACUGCUUCCUGAGAGACAUUAUGACCUCCACUGCCUAUACUUGGAUGCUGUGGGAUCCCUGCCAGUAAGGUCUGGGUGCUCUGCCACCUUGUGCCAGGCUGCUUGUACAGCAAGGGAAACAGUGCUCCUAACAGCCGAGGAAGGAACCAACGCAGAAAAAGCCAUGCGUGAGUGCAUCUUGGUUCACGUUGGCCAAGCUGGAGUUCAAAUUGGCAAUGCGUGCUGGGAACUAUUCUGUCUGGAGCAUGGCAUUCAGCCAAAUGGCAGCCUCAUUGACCAACCCAGCAAUGACGACUCUUUUGCCACGUUCUUUGAAGAGAUAAGCUCUAGCAAAUACGUGCCUCGGGCUGUAAUGGUGGACUUGGAGCAAACUGUAAUAGAUGAAGUGCAGACUGGCACCUACCGGCAGCUUUUCCAUCCAGAACAGCUGAUCACUGGGAAGGAAGAUGCAGCAAAUAAUUAUGCACGUGGUCACUACUCCGUUGGCAAAGACAAAGUUGACAUAGCACUAGAUUGUAUCCGCAAGCUGGCUGAUGCCUGUGCUGGGCUGCAAGGAUUCCUGAUCUUCCACAGCUUUGGUGGGGGCACUGGCUCUGGCUUUACCUCCUUAUUGAUGGAACGCCUCUCUGUGGAUUAUGGAAAGAAGUCCAAACUGGAGUUUGCCAUCUACCCAGCUCCUCAGGUCUCCACUGCUGUGGUGGAGCCCUACAAUUCCAUCCUGACCACACAUGCCACCCUGGAACACUCGGACUGCACCUUCAUGGUGGAUAAUGAGGCCAUCUAUGAUAUUUGUCACCGAAACCUGGACAUCAAGCGCCCCACUUACACCAACCUCAACCGCCUCAUCAGCCAGAUCGUCUCCUCCAUCACUGCCUCACUGCGCUUUGAUGGUGCCCUUAAUGUGGAUCUGAUGGAGUUCCAGACCAACCUGGUGCCCUACCCACGCAUCCACUUCCCCUUAGUAACUUACUCCCCCAUCAUCUCCUCUGACAGAGCCUAUCAUGAGCAGCUCUCAGUGGCUGAAAUCACCAACUCCUGCUUUGAGCCCAACAACCAGAUGGUGAAGUGUGACCCAAGGCAUGGGAAGUACAUGGCCUGCUGCAUGCUCUAUCGUGGUGAUGUAGUUCCCAAAGAUGUCAAUGAAGCAAUUGCUGCCAUCAAGACUAAGAGAAAUAUCCAGUUUGUUGACUGGUGUCCAACAGGCUUCAAGGUUGGGAUCAACUAUCAACCUCCUGCAGUUACACCAGGAGGAGACCUAGCCCAAGUUCAGCGAGCAGUCUGCAUGCUGAGCAACACCACAGCCAUUGUAGGUGCCUGGGCAAGGCUUGAUCGCAAGUUUGACCUGAUGUAUGCCAAGAGAGCUUUUGUGCACUGGUAUGUGGGUGAAGGCAUGGAGGAGGGAGAAUUUGCAGAGGCCCGAGAGGACCUGGCCGCCCUGGAAAAGGACUAUGAAGAAGUGGGAACUGACUCAUUUGAAGAAGAAUAUAAUGGGGAGUAAUUUUGAAAUGCACUUUGUUUCUUCUGAGCACAGAAUUUUCUCUGUAACACUUCAUUGCAUGUGUCUACCAAUAGGCCACCCCUUUCUAUGCUAUAUAUUUAGGAGAGGUCAUAUAGAGAUAUCUUUUGUUCCCAAAAUCACAGACAAAUUGUCCUAUAAGAUAUGAUCAGCUGUAGUAAUGCCCUACCACUCCCUGCAAUGCAGAAAGUCUUGGUCUUCUUUCUUGUAUAUUUCAUGUAAGCCUCUUCAAGCUCUAAUAUACAUAGUACACCCACUAUGAUUCAAUAUAUGCAAGCUUAUAAUGGAGCAUAUUGAGUCAGUAGAGUUUUCAAAGUUCAAAUCUUACAUACCUUCACCUUUUGCUUACUGGCAUGUCAACAAAUAGUGACAAUGGAAAAAUUGUGCCUCUGCUCUGUGCUUUAUUAUCCCUUCAUUGAUCUUCAGCUGAUUGAUCCAAAAGGAACAUUUCACUCUUCUGAAAUACCACCCCUAUAAAAGCAAACACACAGGAGAAAUAUUAAAGCAAUGCAAUUUUUCCACAUUUGGGGCUAAACAACUGUAUUGUGAAAACAAGCAUCCUAUUAGAUUGCGUACAGCUGCAGCAGGCAUAAGAAUUCCUUUUCCAUGUCUCUGUGAAACUGUUUCAACGAGAUAACUGUCUCAUUAGAAACAUUCAGUAUUCCUUACUUACCUAGAUUGUUCUUCCUCUGCAAGAAACAGCCUUUGCUUUAUCUAGCAGACUACUUUGCCACCCAUGUCAAUUUUUAUUUAGUGCACCAUGUGAGAGUGAGUCUGCAGUACAGGCAUUUGAAUGUUCACUCAAAGAUAACUCAAAGUAAUGAUUGAAGAUCUCAGAUUUACAGGAUUCAGAACUUGCUAGGCCCAGGUCUACAUUCCUGAUAGGAGACAAGCAUGCGUGCUGAGGCCGCUGGCAGUUGUCAUUGCAAGGCCACUCUUGAUAAUCUUUUGUAGAUCAUGCUGACUUGGUCAAGUACCCAAAGGCUGGAGGAAAGCAAAUGUCACUCCUAUCUUAAAAAAGUGCAAGAAAGAGGACCCAGGGAACUACAGGCUGGUCGGCCUCAUCUCAAUCCCUGGGAAGGUGAUGGAGCAGCUAGUCCUGGAAACCAUUUCCAGAUACAUGAUCAAGAAGAAAAUCAUCAGUUGUCCUCAGAAGGGAUUAAUGAAGGAGAAGUUGUUUUUUACCAACUUGAUAAUUUUCUAUGAUUAAACAAUUGGCCUGAUAAAUAUCGGGAGAGAGCAAUGGAUAUUGUCUACUGUCCCUUGCUCAGGGAGUUUGUGAAGACUCACAAAAGUCACCUGGAUAUAGUCCCUGGCAACUGGCUCUAGGUGGCCCUCCAGAUGACCUCUAGAGGUCCCUUCCAUCAGCAACCAUUCUGUGAUCUUUUUCAUGUAGAGAUUUCUAUUUAUAUUGGCAGUUUCAUUUCAUACUUCAACAUCACAUCGAACUUGUAUACUCUGUAUGCAUUAUAUGCAUUUAAUUAACCAGAUGAAUAAAUUACUAAACUAUGUUACGGAA